AGUUGGACACCACUCCGAAAUUUUAGGUGGUGCGCCAACAAUCUGGAGCAUGAAAAAGAGUAGUUAGCACUGCACCGACCUUGCGGCUGGACAAGUCAAUCAAUUUUGAAAUUUCUUACUACUUAAUUUGUUUGAAAUACCUCAGAAACCUGAAUACUCAUAUUUUUAUUUUUUUCAUGAAGAAUAUAUAUCGUAUAUAUUGAAUUUUCCACUAACACUUAGAGAAAUAACCUAGCAUUUUGGAAAUACAUUACUGUGUUUGAAAGAAAGAUAAAAAUUCUUUUGGCUGAUAACAUAUACAUUUUUGUUGAUGUUUUUUGAUUAAAAAUAACACUGUUUUUUAGGGAUCCAUAUCAUUUUUUUAUAAAAUACAUAAAUAAGUCAAUAGGGUUCUUGAUUGCUCUUUUCGUACAAUUAUUAUUAUAUCAAGUUUUGUGAUUUUCUAAUAAAUAGAUGAAAACAUACGAUGACCAAAAUUCUCCAUACAAAAGGUUUAUGUGCUCAGUAUUGUCUAAAAUUGGCGUGAGCAAUUUAUUGUUGAAAAUCUUAAAGUUUAGUGAUGUUUUUGCUUGAAAUGCAUGGCAUUUCAUUUGUACGUAUUCAUAAGAUGAAUCAUCAAAGGCUUUUCUCGUACUUGUCAUUUUUGUGUUUAAGCAAUUUAUUAAAAUGGCUGAACAUUUCAUGUGGUAAACUCAAAUAUCUGUGUAGACAUAAUUUUGUUGACACGUUAGAUGAAUAUGAUUUAAAAAUAAUGUAAUAUAUGAAGUGAGCCUACCUCACUUCCAUGCAGAAGUGGACGCACAACUAGCUACCGAGGUUCAAGUUUUCACAAAAGCAGGUUAGCAUUCCUUAAAAACAUGCUCUCCCUUUGAUCCAUAAUGCCUGUCACUGUUUCGAAUUUAUCUAGACACAUUUUAGUUUUUCAGUUCACUCGUUUCAGUGGUAAGUAAUAUUGUCGGAGGGUGUAAUAUUUUUUUUUCAGGAACCAUAUUAUUUGUUUUGGUACCAUUUUUUUUUUGAAAAGGAAGUACUGAACUCAUAGAAACAUCUUUAGUGAGAUAUUUGAAUAUUUUUAAUAAAGACAUGAACACAUCGCAAUUGCAAAAAUUCUUCACACAAAGAAAUUUAGAAUUCUUCAUUUUGUUGAACAUUAGCGAUGACAUAUUUCUAUAUGUUGAAAUUUGAUAAAAUUCAGUGCAUACUUCAAUACAUGGACCCUUUUUUACAAACAUAAAUACUUAUUAAUAAGGUGAAACAAAAUAAAAGGCUUUGCUUACACUUAAUCUUUUUUAAAUUGAAGCAAUUUCGUAAAACCCUGAACAUUUUAUUUGACACACAAAAAUUUUGCGGAGAAACAUGAAUAUUUUAUUAUAGGCUGAAAUCUUACUUGUUUUGCUAGAAAUUCUAUCAUAUUAGUUUAAUAUGGCUUAAUUUUUCUCUUUAUAAUUAUGAAUACAUCUCCUCUUGUGUUUCUGAUCUCUCGUUCUGAUCUCUCCUCUCGUUCGGACUUUGGUUGGUUUGGCGAGUGCAUGAAUUUUGAAAAGGGUAGUACUAAGCCGGCCGUUAGCCACUACUCUCUCUGCUUCAUACUACUUUGCAUAUAAGGAUUGGUCAAAGUCAAACUUUUCAGAGUUUGACCAAUUAGAUGUAAAAAUGUAUUAUUAUUCAGAAAAUCAAAAUAAUAUCAUUAUUACCGUAAUGAAUGUACUAUCAUAUCAUUUACACUUGAUUUUAUAUAUCUUGAUACUUGAUCAUGAUUAGUUGGUCAGAGAUUAAAAAGGUUGACUUUGACCAAAGCUUAUAUGCAGACUUAUAUGGAACUGAGGGAGUAUUCCGAAGUUCAAAUUCUGUCUUUGAAACAUCUUUGUAGUCUAAACCCAUCAGCCUAGACAAUUUUUGCUACUGCUCACUCAAAAAGAUGUCUACUGCCAAAUCAGCUAUCUUCAUGUUCCGUAAAUACAAUAGGGAGGAAGCAGAAUAGAUUCCAUUAGCUGUGUACUGCCAAAUCAAGCAAUCUUCAGGCUGUAUAAACACAAGGCUAUUGUUCUAGCCAUAACUUCUAAUUCAUGCCACGGAUCCAUCAUGAGAGGGAAAAGGUCCUUUUAAAAGGUGAUUUUCAGUUGCUCCCCAUUCCAUAUACACUCUAUUGGGCCGAGUUAGGUUACACACUAGAAAUGAAGAGCCCAAAUCAAGCUACAUUAGAAAUGAAGUAUUGAAGUGCGGUUGGCGCGAGAAACUGAAACAACCUGCAGGUGGACUGCACGUCUGUAUCUACAGCUAGAUGGGGAAAUGCAGCUGGUGUCGUAUUUGCAGUACUAAUUCAAAGUGUGCCAGUUCCAAUGUAUCCUAUCGCUUUACAAUUCGGCCGUUAGCCGCCGGCCAUUUUUAGGAUCUGUCCAAAACAAAUGGAUGAGAGAACCUUCCGGACGGGCCGAUCGAGGAGCAAUUGGCAUCUUUUCUUGCAACAAGGCAGUUUAGUUUAACACUUGUGUUCGGUUGGAUCCAAUCCAACAAACAAUAAGAUUAGCAAGUUCCAGCACUAGCAGCCUUAUAUAAUACCCCCACCACUGGCAAGCUCGAUCAACAUACGAGCAAGGAAGGCAAGGCAAUGCAAGCAAGUUUAGAAGCAGAGCAGAAGUAGCUAGUGACUACAUAUGGAGGUGGAGGCGCCGUGCAGUGGCGGCGCAGGUGAGAGCAGGUGGUCGCAGCUUGGAUCGUCGCUCGCAGUCCGCAACGUGCAGGCCUUAGCGGCGUCCGGCCCCGACGAGCUCAGCGCCGACGCGAUUCAACGGUACAUCCAGCCGGACAUCGAUGCGCACGCCGUUCUCGCCGAGCAUUCCGGCCAGGUUCCGGUGAUCGAUCUACGCAAGCUCCUGGACGCCGAGACCCUGGAAGCGGAGGCCGCCAAGCUUAAGUUUGCGUGCGAGGAGUGGGGCUUCUUUCAGGUCGUGAAUCAUGGAGUGCCAGACGAGGUCAUCGCCAAUAUAAAGAACAACAUUCACAGGUUCUUCGAGCUUCCCCUGGACGUGAAGAACGCCUACGCGCAGCGCCCAGGAGAUAUCCAAGGCUAUGGCCAAGCCUUUAUCCUCUCCCACGAUCAGAAGCUUGACUGGGCUGACAUGUUUGGGAUCUUCACCCAGCCAUCUCAGGCCCGUGAUAUGAGUUACUGGCCGAGUCAGCCUGGCACAUUCAGGAAUUCCAUCGAAGAAUACUCUUCCCAAUUAAUGAAACUAUCUCAUUCUAUUGUCACAUUCAUUGCCAAAACACUAGAUUUUGGUCCUGAAUUGAUGGCGGACAAAAAUGUUGGCCAAUUUCUAAGGAUGAACUACUACCCUCCAUGCACGUCAACACCAGAAAAGGUUUUAGGUUUCUCACCACAUUCAGAUGGAUCUUUUAUAACUAUACUACUAGAAGUUAAUUCGGUUCAAGGGCUACAAAUUAGAAGACACGGAGCAUGGGUCCCAGUGAAACCACAUCGUGAUGCGUUAUUGGUGAAUGUCGGUGACUUUCUUGAGAUUAUGUCGAAUGGGAGGUACAAGAGCAUUGAGCAUAGGGUCACUAUAAAUGCCAAUAAGGAGAGGCUAUCCAUAUCAGCAUUUCACGUCCCAAAGUAUGAUGGGAUAGUUUCACCGGUUCCGGGAAGUAUACAAGAGGAGGUGUUAUACAAGACAAUGACAGUAGAAGAGUAUGCAAGACUUUAUAUGUCAAAUAAACCUGAUGGAAAGAGCAACCUGGAUUAUGCAAAGUUGUCUUUAAUAUAAGGAUUCUUUACUAUAGAUUGUUCGUUCAAGAUAAACAUUCGUAAAGUAAAAUUUUAUGUUUGAGUGCAAUUUAUCUGUAUCUAUCAUUGAGAAUUUUCAAGGAUAAUUGUACUGGAAGUUUAAUUUUUUACUUCAAGUGUUUGAGGCCCUGCAAAUAUAAUGUUCCAUUUGGUUUAUUUGGUCUGUAGAAAAAUAAUUGCAUCUUGUACUA